UUCUUUCUUGGCUUUUGCGAGCAAACUUUCCAAACGUACUUUUGUUUGCCGGACUUUCUCAAGUAAACACCGCCAACCAAUAAGUGCUUCAUUUUUCUUGUUUGUUUGUUUGUUUCUUCCUUUCUCUUCUGAGUUUGCGUUUGUUCAAAAUAAGCUUAUAAUCUUCUUUGAAGACCAAUGGCACAGCGCUCAGCUGUGCCCAAGUUUGGCAACUGGGAAACUGAAGAGAAUGUCCCCUACACAGUCUAUUUUGAGAAGGCAAGGAAGGGUAACACUGCAGGGAAAAUUAAAGGAAAUGACCCUAAACAAAAACCUGAUACGGUCACUACCAAGCCUUCAAUUCAAACCUCUUCCUUCCGUAUGAAGUCAAUAGGAGCACAGAGAGGGCAAGAAGCGGUAAGGUCAAAGCAUGAGCAGGGAGGAAAUAAUCAACAAAGGAGAUUGAGAUCAGUCAAUCGAGGCGAUGAUUCUUCUGAUCACAGUGCUGCGGUUCCAAAAUUUGGUGAUUGGGACGAGACUAAUCCUGCAUCAGCUGAUGGGUACACUCACAUAUUCAACAAAGUCAGAGAAGAGAAACAGGGAGGGCCAGCAAAAGUGCCAGUCCAACCGACUGAAAGUUCUCGUUCCAAUGGACAUCAUGGAAAUGAAAAUUCGAAGAAGAGCUGUUGCUUUCCUUGGGGCUGAAGAUGAUUCCUUUUAUCCGUAUGGUUUGGAUAGAAAAUGCACAGGAUAAAGCAUAUAUGUAACGCUUUCUAACUUUAUAAUGUAAAAACAAACGAACUUUAAAGCUUAUGUUGUUUUGGUGCUGGAGUGUGAAACGUCUUGGCUAGUAUUUGUUUUCCCUUAUAAAUGUAUACAUUGUACUCUGUUUAGUUGCAUCAACUUGCAGUCUUUUUCUUA